GCUGGUUUACGCGCGUUUGCCAGCAUAACAGACGAGAGGCCGUGAGAGGGAGUAUUGGCACAAGAAUAGGAAAAGAGAGGGAGAGAGUUCAGCGAGCCUGUCCUGGGGAGAUACACACCAAUAACUAGGUCUCCAGUAAACAUCGCUUCUAUAAAGCUGCUGUGCUACUGCAUGGCACCGAGGAUCCAAGUCACUUACACAUAGUUUGAUUGUUAUCCCAGCAGCAGACGUUCAACAAAGCCUCAAACUUUAGAAGCAGUCUUCGAAGAGCAUUUGAUUAGAUGCUGACAGGAGCCGAGACAAACUGAGCAAAGAUCAUCCAACUGACCUGAAAAUGACAGCUGCAGCAGCUCAAGAACUUGACGAGCUAUGCUUCCUGUCGGCGCAGGCUAUGCCCAGCCUGAAAGUAUCCCAACACUUUCAGAUGGUGAAGCUUUUAGGAGAGGGAUCGUAUGGAAAGGUCAUGCUGGCUGUGCACAGAAAGAGAGGAACGCCAAUGGCUCUGAAGUUCUUCCCUCGGCGGUCCACUUCUCUCACCUCUUUCCUGCGGGAAUACAAUCUGUCCCUUUCUUACUGCACUCAUCCUUCUCUGACGCGGGCCCUUGGCAUCUUCUUCUCCACGCCGUCCUACUAUGUCUUUGCCCAGCAAGCGGGUCUCUAUGGCGAUCUCUACAGCGUUAUUGUGUCAGAGGUCGGGGUGGAUGAGCACCGCGUGCAGAGAGUGAUGUCCCAGCUCAGUGGCGCCGUCACACACCUGCACUCGCUGGGCUUCGUCCAUCGCGACAUUAAACCUGAGAACAUCUUCCUGUGUGACAGCUCCUGCCGCUGGGUCAAACUGGGGGAUUUUGGCCUCACCCGAGCCAUCAACUCUACGGUUCGAGCUGUUUGGUAUGAGUCACCUUUCUGCACACCAGAGGUGGAAGCCUCCAAGGAGGCAGAAAAAGAAAUGGAGAGAAGGCAGAGUGAGGGGAUUGAAGAGGAGGUGGAGGACAUCUGGAUAAACGUGGAGCCCUGCAUUGACAGUUGGGCCCUCGGUGUGCUCAUCUACUGCCUUCUAACUGGCUGCUUCCCCUGGGAGGAGAGCACUCAUGAUGACCGUGGCUAUAAAAAAUACAAGGACUGGUUUGAUCGUGAGGAGGAGAAGAGAAAAGUGAUGCAGAGGGAUGAGGAGGACAUUGAUGGCUACACAAUCAUGGAGCAAAACCAUGAAGACAACCCUCCUCCCUCACAGUUUGAGGGCCUCAGCCCACACGUGAUGACUCUUUUGAAGGAACUGCUCCACCCUGAGCCCAAGCUCAGAGGAAGCCCGGAGGAGAUCCUGAGCUACCUGGGAGGCCCGUGGCUCAUGAGGACAGCGAGGGAGGAGGAGCAGAAAGCCCGGGACGCCGACAAGGAAGCCAGAAAAACUAGAGAAAGAGGAGGACUAGAGGAGGAGCUGCUCAGAGAGGGAAGAGGAGAAAGAUGAGCUUCAUCUCCAGCCUGUUUUGUUUGAAUAUGUUAUAACAUGUUGAUAAGAUAUUGCUAAAUGACUCCAGUCCAAAUGUAUAAGGUGCUGUGUACAAGGUUUUUCAUGUGUUUGUAAGUUUCUUCAAUGAAGUUACUACUUAAUUAUUGUAUACAUAUUUGGGUGCCUGUGUGUGUGUGUGUGUGUGUGUGCGUGCGUGUGUCUUCGUGUCAAGACUAAUUGAUCAAGAAGAAUUUGAUGUCUGCUCAGCAAGUAGAAAAAGGUGUAUAUUCCAUAUUCAGA